GUCCAUUGCUGCGAUCCAGCCACUGAAUGGUCAACAUUUGGACCCAGCGUAUGAAUAUGUCCUUUUUCAACAAAAUUGCGAGUAUUACGGGGAAAACCGUCCUUGCGCUUGCACUUUACAAGACCUGGAGAUUCAUCUCUCUUCACCUGGUCCUUUACGGCGAUCGAAAUCUGGACCGAUACAAAUCGAAGACCCAGGAAUCAUGGGCACUCGUCACAGGUGCCAGUGCUGGUAUUGGUUAUGCCUAUGCCGAGGAACUGGUUUCUCGUGGAUUUGGUGUCAUUCUCCUGGGCCACAAACCGGAUGAGCUCCAACAAGCCGAGUCCAAAUUAAAGUCCAUGCCAGGGCAACCCAAAAUCAAGCUCAUCACACUGGAUGCUAUCACAGCCACACCUGCCGAAAUUGACUCUGCUUUGGAUCCGGUCAAGGAAAUGCAUCUCAGCAUUCUCAUCAACAACGUUGGCGGCGUGACCGCCCAGCCCAGCUUCAAAUCAUUUGUAGAAUAUUCUGCCACCGAGAUCGAAGCCAUAAUCAACCUGAACGCCCGAUUCAUGGCCCAUGUCACCCAUAUUCUCCUUCCAUCGCUGAAGCGCAACGGCCCCUCCCUCGUUUUGAACAUGAGUUCAGGUUCGCACAUGGGAAUGCCUUGGCUUUGCAUGUAUAGCGCCGUCAAAGGGUUUAAUGCCUCCAUCAGUCGAGCUAUCUCAAGAGAGGCGAAGGCUCUAGGUAUGGCUAUUGACAGUAUUGUGGUGUACCCGGGGGACGUGCAAAGCCAGGCGAACACACACGGUCUUGCGCCUCUUUCUCCAACUGCGAGUCACUAUGCGAAAGUCACGCUCGACCGCGUUGUAACUGCUGUUCGUCAGGGUCGAAACGAGCUGAACCCGUUUUUCCUGCAUGGUCUUUCCGGUCUACUUGACUUUGUACCCGAAACGCUGUUUCAGAAGCUUGUGGAGGGAAGUAUAGCGGAGAAAGUGAGGGUCUAUGGAGAGCUAGCUGAGAAGACACGAUAGGCUUUGGCGCCGGUGUGUAUAACCAGUAAUUAGCAUGCAGGGCAUUUAUAUGUACCAGACCGUCAAUGCCCAGAGUAUAAAGCUCUGGGAUGGUGAGAGAAGAACAUGUAUAUAUUUAUUGAAUAUCAAGCGAUUGUGUCCCCAUGAGAGGCUAUAU